AUGAGCAGAGAUAACAACAAUCUUCGAUAUUGCUUAGGUUUAAAUCAUCAACAAAUAUUUAAAUUCGAGAAAAACAAUAGAAAAACUUGGGUUGCUGUUCUUGGCGUUCGUUUUUAUGGCCUAGAGCCUAACUUACUUUUAUUGCAAUGUCAAUUAUGGAAAUACUUAGAAAGGACAUGGAAAGCAAAGGCAAACAUUAUCAUUCAGAACAAAAAAGGUGGAAACGAUGAAAAUGAAAGAAAUGUCCGUAGAGAAAUCAUGAUAAUUGCUUUGGCAGUUUUAUGGAUAGACAAGCUCAGUAUCAUCAUAGAAAAAAAAAUGUGCCCGGCAAUGAGUCGUCUUGAGUUAUCCGUUCUCAUAAAAAUUCAGAUAAAAGCUUCGCUUCUUCAAUCAUCUCCGGUUAUUCGCAUCGUUUUGCACCUGGCUCUUUGA